CCGUGCGCGCUCCCGAGCGAAGGCGAAUGCGGUAGCCUAGGAAAAAACAAGCGAGCGGCGCCGGAGACACAAGAGGGGCGCAGUUUACCUCCAGCUAACAGGAUCUCAGUUUGGAACGCACAUUUCACGCCCUGCUGGGUUGUGUUACAGCCGGAGACUGCUGAGGAUAUUCACGGACCGAGACAAUAGGAUGCAGUGUAGACUCGACUGUUGACUGGUCUGCAGGCUCUCUGAUUCUCUUGUCCCUGGAGGGGGCCCGAUUUGUGAGGUCCCCACUUGAUCUAAGUUUUUGUCUGGACUACAUGAACAGCCCGCCAUAGGAGUACACGGAUCACCCUUGCUCGCGUUGCUCGGAUCAGCACAGCUCAUCUCCUGACUGAGGAGAGUGCAGCAGCUGCACUCUUUACUGCCAAGUGUUCCCUCCUUGCCCCGUUCACACCGUCCUGUCACCAUGGUGCUUUCACAACGGCAACGAGAUGAACUAAAUCGAGCCAUAGCUGACUAUCUGCGUUCCAAUGGAUAUGAUGGCGCAUAUUCUACUUUCAAGAAGGAAGCUGAAUUAGAUAUGAAUGAAGAAUUGGACAAGAAGUAUGCUGGCCUUUUGGAAAAAAAAUGGACUUCAGUCAUCAGAUUACAAAAGAAGGUUAUGGAACUUGAAUCGAAACUGAAUGAAGCAAAGGAGGAAAUCACCUUGGGUGGACCGGUCAGUCAAAAGCGUGACCCCAAAGAGUGGAUCCCUCGUCCCCCGGAAAGAUAUGCACUAGGUGGCCACCGCAGUCCAGUUACCCGUGUCAUCUUCCACCCAGUCUUCAGUGUGAUGGUUUCUGCUUCAGAGGAUGCAACAAUAAAGGUGUGGGACUAUGAGGCAGGAGACUUUGAACGCACACUUAAAGGCCACACAGAUUCGGUGCAGGACAUCUCUUUUGACCAGACUGGAAAACUGCUUGCAUCCUGCUCUGCAGACAUGACUAUCAAGCUGUGGGAUUUCCAAGGCUUUGAGUGCAUCAGGACCAUGCAUGGACAUGAUCACAAUGUUUCAUCUGUAGCCAUAAUGCCCAAUGGAGAUCACAUAAUUUCCGCCUCGAGGGACAAAACCAUGAAAAUGUGGGAAGUGGCAACUGGUUACUGUGUGAAGACCUUCACAGGCCACAGGGAGUGGGUUCGCAUGGUGCGACCCAACCAGGACGGCACUUUAAUUGCCAGCUGCUCCAAUGACCAGACAGUGCGUGUGUGGGUUGUGGCCAACAAGGAGUGCAAAGCUGAACUGCGGGAGCAUGAGCAUGUGGUGGAGUGCAUCUCCUGGGCACCAGAGAGCGCCUAUCCCACCAUUCUCGAUGCCACAGGCUCUGAGAGCAAGAAGAGUGGUAAGCCAGGCCCCUUCCUGCUGUCUGGCUCCAGAGACAAAACCAUCAAGAUGUGGGAUGUUAGCAUAGGCAUGUGCCUUAUGACGCUGGUUGGCCAUGACAACUGGGUGCGUGGCAUCCUUUUCCACCCUGGAGGCAAGUUUAUUGUGUCCUGUGCAGAUGACAAGACCUUAAGGAUCUGGGACUACAAGAACAAGCGCUGCAUGAAAACCCUGAGUGCCCACGAACACUUUGUUACCUCUUUGGAUUUCCACAAGGCUGCUCCUUACGUGGUCACUGGGAGUGUAGAUCAGACAUUAAAAGUGUGGGAGUGCCGCUGAUUCCAACCUCUGAAGAAUGGACCACCACCACCACCACCCCUGACUGCCCAAUUGCUCUUUGGGAUCCUGCCUCCCUUCUCCCCCACCUUGUCAUUCCAUUGCCCCACCUCACCUAAGCUAAACUUCACCCGCACAUCUUCAUCAUCUUCGGCUGCACCUACUACCACCAUGGUUACUUACCCAUUAUGCCCUGGUCUUAUAACCUUUGCCCCCCCACCCCGCCCCCCUCUUUCCCCUCAUGUAAAUUAUUCCUGGAUGUAGAUCAAGCUAUUAAAUGUUACACAAAAAAGUAUUCUUGCAUGGUAAUCAAAACUUGUAUACUGUAAAUUUGCAUAACGUCUAGAAGUACAAUAGGUUUAACACAGGGCUGGCCGUCUGUCACGCAGCCUUACUGACCACCGAAGGCAGAUGUUUUUGACUGGGUGUAAAAUGUAGGGCACUAAAAAAAUAAUUUAAGAAUUGACAGUGUCUUUAUGUGUAAGAUUAUUUUUGUUUAUUUUUUUAUUUAGAACUUUUUUCUCCUCUACUGUUUCUUUCCCUCCUUUCUGUCUUCGUCUGUUGGUGCCUAGCUUGGUAAAACCUUUGAGAGAUAAGGCAGGAAAAGCAUAUACAAUAAGACUGUCUGCCAGCCUUCGUUAUUGAAAUAAUCUGUAGCUUUAUACCAUCACUUCUCAAGUGUGCAUACCAUUUAUCUCUUCAUGUGGAACUAGGUAAUAUUUUAAUGGUUGUGUAUAUACAAAUGCUUCAAACUGUUCCUGGACCUCGACGGGAUAAACUACAGCUUUGUACUCUUGUCAUGGUGGCACACGAACAAAUAUUAGGCUCCCAUCUGCAAUUUGAGAAUAGCAGUACUAAAAAGUUUCCACUGAAGCUCAAACUAGGCCUGCUUGGUGGAGGCUGUCAGUGUGCACCCUGGUCACAGCAUCACCUGAGCCGAGGUCAGGGAUUCCACAAUUUGUAAAUUCAAGCAUUUGAUAAAGACCCUGCCUGUGUUCUCCUUUGGGAGAUCAUUUGAUGUGACCUUCCUCUGUCCUCCUCAACUGCCGGCCAAUCUAGCCCUGGUAGGGUUUUUGUGUAAUAUAGGAAUUAUGUAUAGACUAAAGAUACUUGGUUGUCUCUUGGCAACUUCUGAAGGCUACAAACAUGAACUCGUUUUAAAAAGGAAAAAAUGAAAAAAGCAAGACGAUGAGCAAAGGUGAGCCCCUGGGUUUGAUACCUGGGAUGUGCAAAGAGAUUGAAUAUCUGAGGGCUGAAUUAAAAGAAAAAAAAUUAAAUCGGUUUUCUGUGAAAAUAUGAACGGGAAAUUUAGCUUGUUAAGCCAUUUGGAAGUUUUGUAAUGUGCAAAAAAGAUGAGCUGGGAAAAAAAAACAGCAAUGUUAGCAGCGGACAUGGUGAAUGGUCUGAUGCUGAUGUUGACUACAAACACGCGCUAUAAUAUGAUCCUCUCCACUGAAAAAACCCACAGACCACCUCAUGUCUUUUUGGAUAACAUGAGAAGACAAAUAUACACACAACCAUUAUUUUACUGUUGUAGGAAAACAAUGGUUUGUACGUCCCUUUGGUCUUUUAAUAAUGACAAAAGACAAAAGUUACUGAUGGUGGUAAUUGCAUAAACCUAUUUUUCCCAAUGCCGUUCUUGAAGAAUUCCAUUGCAUAAAUAAACUUCUUGGCUACUUUGCUGCAUUAUUCUUUUGUGUACUGGAUGUGGUGCUCUGCUGCUGAAGCUCCGGCUAGAGGUGUAAAAAUCACCUAUUGAUAUAGCAUAACACAUAAGGGGGUGAGUUGUCUGAAAAUUAUUUUAGGAAAAGAAAUGCCUUGAUGGACACAAACUGGAAAAAAUAUUGCUUGGUAUGCCUCUGUUAUGGGAGGGACUGAUUUGUUGGGAAUGUGACAUUUUGAAGGCAGUUACUACAAAUUCGAAAGUAUUGUGUCGAGCCGUGAUGUCCCAAAGGAGAUCCACUAUCUUUAAAGGGAAUAUUACAGCUCUCCCUCUGGUGUUCCCCAUACGUUUUGCAUGGUAGGCCUCUUCUAAAGGACUGACUUUCCAGAGUAAAGAUGGGAGUGGCGAUUCUGCAAACUUUGGCAUUUUUAUGCCAAAUUUAACUACAAAGUUCAAGCUGAUGCCAAAAAUUAAGACUGUACAAUCUGGUUUAGCUCAAGACACCAGCCCCAUUUGGUCCAGCAUUGUGACUAAUAAAUAUGCUCACUCCCUCAGGGCCUCACAAUGACAUGUUGGACUGAAAAGCCCUCAUUCCUCCUUUGCUUUUCAAAGAGCGAUGAUCUAUAUUCAAAGGUUGUUCCAACUGUAGGGGGCCCUUUUUCUGAGAAUUUGUGGAACAGAGCUGCUUGUAUUGUAUGCAAGUGUGUCUCCUGUAGACUAAGAUUUUUUGCAAGUCCUAAACAAUCCUUUUCCUCUCUGCUCUGGCUUGUGAGUGGGCCCAUUGAUGAUUUUUUGCUCUGUCCAUCAGGCCUCUUAACAUGCCUGUGAACCUCACUGAGGGCUUCAGACUGCACAACAAGCUCUUACAGGAGAGUUCAUAAUGUUUUUGCCACUAUGGUCUCACUCUACAUUCAACAAACUGUUAACAAUAUACCUGGAUGUCAUUAUUGUUUGCAAUAUAAUAAAAAGAAAUUGCAUAA